CCGGGGCGCCCUUGAAAUAAGCGGCGGCGGCGGGUCCGGCUCCCGCAGCGCCCCGGUCCCGGCACCACCAUGGGUGGCAAGAAGGUUUGCGUCGUGGGCUCCGGCAACUGGGGUUCUGCCAUCGCCAAGAUCGUCGGAGCCAACGCGGCUCGGCUGAGCGGCUUCGAGAGCCAGGUGAACAUGUGGGUGCUGCAGGAGGAGGUGGGCGGCCGGCGCCUCACCGACAUCAUCAACGCCGAGCACGAGAACGUCAAGUACCUGCCCGGGCACAAACUGCCCCCCAAUGUGGUGGCAGAGCCGGACCUGCUCAAAGCCUGCGCCGGGGCCGACGUGCUCCUGUUCGUGGUGCCCCACCAGUUCAUCGGCGGCGUCUGCGACCAGCUCAAGGGCCACGUGAAGAAAGAGGCCGUGGGGAUGUCGCUCAUCAAGGGCGUGGACGAAGGACCAGACGGGCUGAGGCUGAUCUCGGACAUCAUCCAUGAGAAACUGGGGAUAGAGAUGACCGUGCUCAUGGGGGCCAACAUUGCCAACGAGGUGGCAGAUGAGAAGUUCUGUGAGACCACCAUCGGCUGCAAGAACGUGAAGCACGGGCAGAUGCUGAAGGAGCUGAUGCAGACCCCCAACUUCCGAGUGUCGGUGGUGCAGGAAGCCGACACCGUGGAGAUCUGUGGGGCUCUCAAGAACGUGGUGGCCGUGGGAGCCGGUUUCUGCGACGGGCUGGGCUACGGCGACAACACCAAGGCCGCCGUGAUCCGCCUGGGGCUGAUGGAGAUGAUUGGCUUCGCCAAACUCUUCUGCAAGGGCCCCGUCACCCCCUCCACCUUCCUGGAGAGCUGCGGGGUCGCCGACCUCAUCACCACCUGCUACGGGGGCCGCAACCGCAAGGUCGCCGAGGCCUUCGCCAAGACGGGGAAGUCCAUCGAGCAGCUGGAGAAGGAGAUGCUGAACGGGCAGAAGCUGCAGGGCCCCCAGACGUCUGCUGAGCUGCAUCGGAUCCUCAAGAGCAAGAACGUGGUGGAGAAGUUCCCCCUCUUCACCGCCGUGUACCAGAUCUGCUACGAGGGCAAACCUGUCGCUGACUUCAUCAAGUGUCUCCAGAACCACCCUGAGCACAUGUAGAGGGGCUCUGAGACACGCAGAGACUCCUGCCCACACCAGCCCGACCUGCUGCCACAGCUUUGUGCGGAGUCCGGGUCUCCUGGGAGCCUUGGCAGGGCGCUGGAAGGGCAGAGGGUCCCUUCCCCAGCCCUGGGCGCUGCCAGCCUGAGCCUGGCACAGAGGUACCUGCUGACCUCCCUCUCUCUGUGAAGGGCUCGUUUAGUUUCUGCUGCUCUCUAAGGUCUGCCCCGAGCGGGACUGAGCAUCUUCCUCCUUCCACUUCCUCCUGCCGUGAUGGAUUCAGCUCUGGGAAGGACUCUGUCGUGGUUGAUACGGGCUGGGAGGACAAACAGUGCCCCAAGUCCUCCUUCUUAGCCCCACGGGGCUGCUCUGGGUGACACCAGCCCUUCCCUGCCUGCUGCUGCUGCUGCUUUUGGCUUCCCUGCCUGGUGGAGAGGGCACAA